AGCAGCAGCAGCAGCAGCAACAACAACAACAACAACAACAGCAGCAUUUCAACAACAAACAACACCAACACGACUGCAACUACGAACGGCCAAAUGCAUAACAGCACCACCACCACUCCCAACAACAACAGCAACAACAGUCCAGGCUCGACCAACGUCGGCAGUGGGGGCGGCGUUGGUGGCGGCGGCGGCGGUGGAGGCGGUGGAGGUGGAACCAACAACAACAACAACAACAAUAACGAUAAUGGAAUCAUCGUAAACAACAACACCAAGAACAACAACAAUAACAAUAACAGCAACAACAACAGUCAUAGUCCGAACAGUACGAAUACUAACGGUUACUAUCCGAAUGGACAACUAUCCAGUACGGACGAUCGCCAAGGAUCACCCCACAGCAAUCACCACCCUCACCAAACACAGACUGGGCCCCAGACAGGAGCUCAACAAAAUACUUCAUCUCGGACGGACCACCUCUACCCACCUCCCCAAAUAUACCCAUGGAUGCGUCGAAUGCAGUACAGUCAAGAUCCCGAUGGUGAAUCAAAACGUUCCAGAACAUCGUAUACACGGCACCAAACAUUGGAACUAGAAAAAGAAUUUCAUUACAACAAAUAUUUAACGAGGAGGAGAAGAAUUGAAAUAGCGCACGCCUUGAACCUGACUGAACGGCAAAUAAAGAUCUGGUUCCAGAACAGAAGAAUGAAGUGGAAAAAAGAACACAAAUUAUCGCACAUUGCCAAAAAUAUGAACGUUUGUGCUCCUUUAGACAAAGGACUGGAUUUAGAUGAUAAAGGAGUGUUAUAAAAGAGAAAUGUAUCUUAUAUAUAUAUAUCUUAUCCUCUUGCUAUCUUGACCCCCUCCCUUCCUAAAUUCCUCGCCACUAUAUAUAUAUAUAUG